CGGGGCGGGCUCGUGAGCGCGCCUGCCUGCUUUUGCCUGCCUGUUCAUGGCAACUGCAGCUUCAGUCUCGCCUCCUGCUCGGAGCGGCAGGCACGCUGCUCGUCCGUUCCCCGAGUGGCUGAGCCGGCGAGCGAUGCCCGACAGCGGGACUGGCUACCGCGCUCCGUCGGUCCCCUGCAGCAGCGCCUUCGCCACCUCUUCUCCCGGCCCGAACAGCACAGACGGCGGCUGUGAAGAAAGAGGAGGAGGACGUGGCCGAAGCCGCAGGAGCGACUCGCGUUCUGUUUUGAUAACGAUGUCUGCAGCCGCCGUUGCCUGAGGGGUGCCUGCUCUGGACACCCCCCCCCCGGACGCCCCCAGGCAAAGUUUGUUCUGCUGGCUGUGGCCGCCUCUGGCUCUGUGGACUUAGACGCGCGCGAGCGAGGGAGGUUUAAUUUAAUUGGGGGAGGGGACGGAUAAUUCGGGUGAGGGGGCUACGCCGCGCCUCCUCCUCCGCCGCGGCUUUUCCUCUGCCCACCCCCUCCUGCUGCCGCCGCCGCCGCGGCUGCUGAAUAAGAAGACCAAGAAGGAGAGGGACGCUUUGGGGAAGGGGCGGCUCGUGGAAGGCUUGUCGGCCUCUCCGCCAGCGGCACCCAGCAGGUCCGGAGAAGCGACUCUGCGAUCCUCUUCGGACCAAACGCAUCUUCUGUGAACUGGAGCGGCAGCCCUGCGCCGGGAACCGGGCAGCCCGCGAGCCACCUGUCUUGAGGAUUUAAAGCCGCCCCGGCGUGUCUUCUUGGCUCUCCUGUUGCGGGACUUUGCUUACCGAGAGCCGGGAAGGAUUUUAAUCCUCCCCUUUCAUUGUUCCUGAAAAGGACGGAGCCAAUUUUUUGAAGUCUGCCUCCCUCCCUCCCAGCCGCCGGUUCAUCUGACCCGCCGACCCUUCCUCGCACCACCAGCAGGCAAGAGACGGGAGAGACGGGGAGAGAAAAGGGACAAUGAAGGUUUCGUGGCUAACUUUCGCCUUCCUUUGGGGAAGCAUUUGCACACGAUCUGGCCAGGGAGAGGCAGAGACAAGAGAAUGCAUUUAUUAUAAUGCCAACUGGGAACUGGAAAAGACUAACCAGAGUGGAGUGGAGCGUUGCGAAGGUGAAAAAGACAAGCGCCUGCAUUGCUAUGCAUCCUGGAGGAACAACUCUGGAUUCAUUGAACUAGUGAAAAAAGGAUGUUGGCUUGAUGACUUCAAUUGUUAUGACAGGCAGGAAUGUGUGGCCACAGAAGAGAAUCCGCAAGUCUAUUUCUGUUGUUGUGAAGGGAAUUUCUGCAAUGAAAAGUUCACUCAUUUACCUGAAGCUACUGGCCCACAAGGUUCAGGAAAAAGGAGGCUGGAGGCUAAAAGAUAUGAAGAACGGUUGCAGAAAUUGGUGGUUUAUGAGCCACCGCCUCCCAACGCCUCGCUGCUCCAUGUUGUCGUUUAUUCUUUGUUUCCCAUGACUGCUCUCUCCAUUGCCAUCUUGCUGGCUUUUUGGAUGUAUCGUCACCGCAAGCCUCCGUAUGGGCACGUUGAUGUCAGCGAGGAUCCAGGACCCCCACCUCCUUCUCCAAUGGUUGGACUGAAGCCAUUACAGCUUUUAGAGGUCAAAGCCAGGGGUCGCUUUGGCUGUGUCUGGAAAGCACAAUUGAUGAAUGAGUAUGUAGCAGUGAAAAUCUUCCCCGUACAGGACAAGCAGUCUUGGCAAAGCGAGAGGGACAUCUUCAACACUCCAGGAAUGAAGCACGAAAACCUUCUGCAGUUUAUUGCAGCUGAGAAGAGGGGAACCAACCUGGAGACGGAGCUUUGGCUGAUCACAGCUUUCCAUGAUAAGGGGUCUUUGACUGACUAUCUGAAGGGGAACGUUGUCAACUGGAAUGAGCUCUGCCACGUGGCAGAAACCAUGGCCCGCGGUCUCUCCUAUCUGCAUGAGGACAUCCCUUGGUGCAAGGGAGAAGGACAUAAACCUGCUAUAGCACACAGAGAUUUCAAGAGCAAGAACGUACUUCUGAAGAAUGACUUAACUGCCGUGCUUGCUGACUUCGGACUGGCUGUACGCUUUGAACCCGGGAAGCCUCCAGGAGAUACUCAUGGACAGGUGGGAACUAGAAGAUACAUGGCUCCUGAGGUCCUGGAGGGAGCAAUUAAUUUCCAGAGAGAUUCCUUCCUGAGAAUUGAUAUGUAUGCCAUGGGUCUGGUAUUGUGGGAGUUGGUUUCCAGAAGCACAGCAACUGACGGUCCAGUGGAUGAGUACUUACUGCCUUUUGAAGAAGAAAUCGGCCAGCACCCAUCUCUUGAGGAGCUGCAGGAGAUUGUGGUCCAUAAGAAGAUGCGCCCGGUGUUCAAGGACCAUUGGCUUAAACACCCUGGCAUAGCCCAGCUGUGUGUUACCAUUGAAGAAUGCUGGGAUCAUGAUGCGGAGGCCAGACUGUCAGCCGGUUGUGUGGAAGAGCGCGUUGCCCAGAUUCGCAAAUCAGCCAAUGGUAGUACCCUCGACUGCCUUGUUUCCAUCGUGACCUCUGUCACCAACGUAGAUUUGCUGCCCAAAGAGUCAAGUAUCUAAAUCCUUGUUUGCCUUUUUUUCCCCCCCACUGGUCUCUUCAGACGCAGUGGAUUUUUUUUUUCAAAAAAAAAAAUUGCAGAAUUCAACACACACACGCAUACAUAUACAUGAAUGCAGCUGCUAUUUUCUUGACUUUUCUUGCUAUUGUUAUUAUUUGUUGUUGUGUUGUUGUUGUUGUUUUGACUGAAUCAAUUUACCAGCAUAUUGCUCUACUGUAUUGAAAGAGAAAAAAAAAAUUAAGAGAAAGACAUCUCUCUGAAAGCAUCCAGGUGCCGACUAAUGAAUGCAGUUACAGUGCAGGUACCUCAAAACCUCAGUGAACUCUCUUUGUUUCCUUUAUUAACCUAUUUUCUCUUCUAACUAACCUGCAAUUUUUACACCAAAUAUCAGUGAUAACAAGAAAACAACCUACUCAUCUUCUUAUACAUGCUGCAAAAUCAAGACUGUUCCAUGAGAUCAUACCUCUCAAAAAAACGGAUUCCCCGCCCCCCUCUACUAUUUUUCCUUUUCUUGCUUUUCUAUUUUAGACAGUGAGCUUAAAAAAGAAAAAAGCAGAUGUGUCUUUUACGGGUCUAACGGGUGUUGCCGUGUUUGUGGGGGGGGGGAGUGAUUGCGUCGAGAAUAUUAAUUGAUAAUGGUAGAACCGAAGACAAGAAGUUGAAGGCUGGGUGGGGAAGAGACGGUGGACUAUUGCAGCAUUUGGAGAAACAGUGGCUAAAGAGUUACUUCUCAGGAAAACAGUUAAUGAGAGGAUGGGCAAGUUUUGAGGCAGACUAUUAAAACUCCUGCAACAUGCAGAAAAAGUUGGGUCACAAAAUCACUGAUACAAAUGGUUUCUUAAAAAUCUCAGGCUUGAGAAAUGUUAAGUGAAAUCAACCCUUUCUAUUACAUUUAUAAGUUCAGAGAAUGAGGUCUUAGGAUUCAACAACAGGACAGCGUUACAGCCCUAAGCAAUUUUUCUGCCAUUGUAAUACCAAAAAAAAUAAAAAUAAAAUACAGAAGACAACAAGCGUCUGACCUGGAGCUUUAAAAAAAAAAAAAGCCCAGUGUAUCCAGUUAUGUAUUGGCAUUCGGUAUUCGAUGUCAUUCAUGAUGUGAAACAGCCUUUCUUUGAAGACUCAUUGAAAUCAGAAAAACUUACUUCCAAGUAAAUGUAGCCAGGACUAAUAAAUUUCAAUUUCACUCUUAGAUCUUAACAUCUGCAGGGCAAAUGUCAAGGCUGUUUAGCUGCUAUGACUUGUCAAGAAUUUUAAAGGGAGAUAAUGAUUCCCCAUUAAGGACACAUAGAAACGCCAUCCCCAAUUGUCCCUGAGACUUCAUGGGAAUGUAUGUGUGCAUAUUGAAAAAAAAAAAAUCAAGAUGGCAGCUGUGAUCAUGGCCAUCUUAACUUUUUUGACACCUUCUCUGUCCAUGUCUCCAUAGUCCUUUGGCAAAAGUACUAGCGGUUGAAUACAGUUGAAUACAGUUGUCUAUCUUUCUUUGAUUUAUGAUAAGGGAUAGGUAUAGUUUAGGCCAAUGUUUCUCAAACUUGGCAACUCACAUCUUUUUAAGAGUUCUGUUUCUAAGUAUACUUUUACACUUUAUACACAAAUUCCUUUGCUUUCAACAUAGUUCAUAGCUAGUUGAAAUUGAUGGGUUUGAUUUUUCUUGAUUCUUCAUUCUCUGAAGACUGUCACCCAACUUUUUCGUCUUAACAGUGGUGCAUAUUUUCAAUAUACUUAAUUCUACUACGCCAUAUAAAAUCCGCUCUAGUCAGUGAAUACUCCUAAUGCUGCCAAUAUAACAUUUAAAUAUUUUUUUAACUUGCAAGACAUGCAAUGAUUUAUAAAAGAAAUAAACUUAGAAUACACAUACACAUGAAGUGGCUUUUGAGGUUCUAAACUAAAAAAAAAAAAAACCUUCAUGACCACAGACCACCUCAAACCAGAAA